AUGCACGCCGAGCUCGAGCGCCUCCGCGAGGAGGAGCAGACCGUCAAGGCGGAGAUCGAGCGCGCACUCGAGAAGGAGAACCUCGACCGCGAGCGCGAGAUGGCCGGCGAGGAGACCGCCGCGGACGCGGUCGGCGCCGUCAAGAGCGGCGCUGCGCUCUUGGGCGACCUCGAGGAGGUCCGCAAAAAGGUCGAGCGCUUUCAUGCCAGGCAGGAGCUCGAGGGCUACGCUGCGGUGCAGGAGAAGGGCGAGAGCGUCGUCUCGUGCUACAGGUCACAUCCUUCCACGCCGCUAGACUGCUGGCGGCAAGUUAGCGAGUUCAAAACCUCUGUCUCACGACUGGAGCAGCAAUAUGUGAACUCUCUCCGAUAG